AUGCAACCCAGAUCUUCGAGAAAUAGAUCUUCUCAGCUCCAGCUCCAAAAGACUGGGGGCUUUCAGGGGGCGAGCUCGCAGUCUGACUCGGAAGACAUCAUGGCGGAGGAAGGGUCCGUUCUCGAGGGUGAUUUGCUGCGCUCCUCACUGUCCCAGAUAUCGAAAACAGUAGGUGAGGCGAUGGGGCCAGAGAGAUGAAUGGACACACAGAUUUCUGAUGGGCUUGGUGUGCAGAUGGCAGCGGCUAUGCUUUUGCGCGACUCGACUGCUCGGGCAAGGAGGUUUCCUCUCUGGCCGAGGCAGUGGGUGACUACACACACAUUCGAUUCGUCCAAAUGUCCAACAAUCAGAUCAAGGACAUCACACCAGGUGGCCAGCUCCAUGGGAUGGGAUGCUGGCAUUGAUGCUGGUUGGUCGUUGCUCUUUGUCUGCAGUGUCUCGGCUGCCGCAUGUGCUGUCUUUGAACUGUUCCCAGAAUGGCAUUACACAGCUCGAGUGCCUCGCAAACCCAGAAGGAUGUCUCCCCUUCUGCCAAGUAUAUAUGUCGAUCGACAAAGAGAAAGAGAGCCGGGCCAUCCCUUUCCCUCCCCUGUAUGUCUGUCUGCACCUGCCAUCAUGCACACCCUCACGAGACAUUGGAUGCGUCGACGAACGCGAUGGAGAAGCUCGGCAACCUCAAGAUGGAGAGGCUCAAGAGAGCAAACGUCUCAGGUCAGAGAUAAAGGCUCCCUGGGCGACUGUCGCGGCCACGGUAGCGUGUCUCGUGGUGUUUUGUCCAUGCUGUCAGGCAACCAGAUAGCUUCUUUGGAGGGCUUUGAAGGCCACGAGGCAAUCGAGGUGACCACACAUUCCAGGAACCCUCCUCCCUUGCUCAUUUGUAUGUACGUGUCGAUAGGUUCUCAAUUUGUCCAAGAACAAGCUUAUCAAUUGCCAGGGCAUCGGCAACCUGCCCGCGCUGAAAGAGCUGUUUAUGGUACCGCACACAGCAUACCUGAUACCUUGCACAUUGGCGGUGUGUGUCUCUUUCUUUCGCAGAGUGAGAACGAGAUCAAGUCGCUCGAAGGCCUGCAGGAGCUGCCGAGUCUCGACCUGUGGGACCUCAGCGGCAACAAGGUGACAAUUGUCCAACGAACGGCAUGGGGCGGGACAAGACGGUUUCGUCUCUGUAUUUCAGCUGGAUACACUGGACGGCUUCGGGGGCGCCGCCAGUAUCACCACACUCCUACUCAAGUACUUGAGACGAGACGCCUGUGUGUGCGGCAGUCAACUCGCAGAGAAUGCCGUUGCGCUGGAUGUGUGCAUGUGUGUCUGCAGGGAGAAUCAGGUGUCCACUGUGAAGGAGUUCGAGAAGCUCCGCGUGCUCCCCAAGCUGAGGAAAUUUGACGCCACUGGUGAGUGAGUGCUCAUGUCGUUGGUUGGUCUCUCUCUCGUUCUUGUAUGCCUUCGUGUGCACAUCCCAUCAGGCAACCCCAUUGUCGGGGAGCUGGGCGACGAAGCCUUCAGAAUCGAGGUCUCUCGGCCCCUCUCCCCAUCUCAUCCACCCUGUGUCUCUGUCUUUCUCUGUCCUUCCAUCUCUGUAUGUAUGUGCAGUUGUUGAUAGUGCUGACCCGUCUGACCGAGAUCAACGGCCAGGAGGUCACGCCAGAGGAGCGUCAGCAGGCCAAGGGCCUGGAGGCCGACAGAAUCAGACAGGAAGAGGUACGUACGUACCUGCAAUCCCGCAAGUGAUGCGAUAUAUGCGAUGGUCUGUGAACGCGUGUGUGUGUGUCUGAUAUUGAUUAGGAGAGGAAGAAGGCCGAGGAGGAGGCGGCCGCUGCUGCGGAAAAAGAGGGCGAAGAGGCCGACCAAUGAAGACACAAUCUCGUGCGUGCUGUAUGCCAGUCAGUCUGUCUGCUCAGUGCGUGAGUGACGCCCCAUUGCAGUGCACCUCACCACACAGACUCAUUCAAGAGACAUCAUGGUGUAUGUAUGGAUUGGCGGUCAAUGUUUUGCAACACAACGUUCCGGGGGCACCGCCCCGUCUGCUCGCUGGUGUCUUGCCGUGGCUGCCUGGACGGCAUGGACGCUGGCUGAUGAGAGAACCAGCCCCAGACCGUCAAGCCAUCCCUGGCUAAACCAACAAACGGACGACAGGGGCUCACCGCUGGCUGACGGGCUUAUAUGAAGCAAGCCAGGCAGGCAGGUAGC